AUGCAGAGAGUCCAUCUCCUGAAGAAAUGCAGCUCAGAUGCUCCCCGGCAGGAAGCAGGAAAUGUAGCUGUUCGGGCGCAGCAGGGCGGCUGCCGGAGCGCCCCUCAGGUGGAGCGCAGCCGGGGCGGCAUGCGGAGCGCCGGGCUCGCCGCCCUGCUCUCGGCCCUGGCGCUGGCCGCGGGAGCGGCCGGCACUGACCCUGGAAAUGAUGGAUCAGGAGAUGGAUCGAUGAUAUUACCCACUUUUACAGCAACACAUCUUCCUGCUACGAGUCCUUCGACUGUGGAUGACCAUGAGCCAGUACUUGCAAGCGCUACUGAAAGCAGCUUUGAUACACAGAGUUCUCCAAGUACUGAACUGAAUGCUGUGAACUAUGGGGACAGCCUAGAAGCAGCAGAACAGUCUAUCUUGAUAUAUGUUGUUCCUGUGGCGCUGCUGGUCCUGCUGAUUUUGUUGAUCACAUUUUUUGUAAUGCAUCAUAAAAGGAAAAAAUCCAAGCAAGAUGAGCUGGGAAGUGAAAAUGUAAAAAGUCCUAUUUUUGAAGAAGACACACCCUCUGUUAUGGAGAUAGAAAUGGAAGAGCUUGAUAAAUGGAUGAACAGCAUGAACAAAAAUGGUGACUGUGAAUGUUUACCUACUGUAAGAGAAGAAGAAAAAGAAUCAAUUGCCAACCCAAGUGAUGGUGAAUCAUGAAGUCCUCACGACACCAAAGAACUGGCUAAAGGGAUGCAGCACAUAAGCUCAUCAUCCCCCAGAUAUUGGAAGAACUGGAUUUAAAUAAUAAUAAUUCAUCUCAAAAGGCCAGAGAAGCAAAUGUUUUUGUUGUAUCCUGCUUUGUAUGGUCUUCAGAAAGGAAACAUCACCAAGGGAAAAAAAGAAAAUGAAAA